AUCAACCCGUAUGAGGUUUUAGGUGUUGAUCCGGCAUGUGAAGGGAAAGAUAUUAGGCGAGCAUAUCACAAGCUAUGUUUGAAGUACCACCCUGACAAAAACACAGGGUUCCGGAAAGAGUUCGAUCGUGUCCAGGUAUCUUACAUGGUACUCAGUGAUUCCAAAAAGAAAGCGAGAUAUGACCGGACUGGUGUGAUCAACCUAGGCUCUGGAGCAGACGAUGCAGAAGCAGAAGAUUUCGACUGGACAGACUACUUCAGAACUCAAUUCGAUGCGAUCAGUAAAGAAAUGAUAGACAAAGACAGAGAGGAAUAUCAGGGAAGUGCAGAGGAAAGAGAAGACAUCAAGAAAGAACUUGUUGCCCUGAAGGGAGACAUGUCAAAGUUAUUUGAGGUAGUGAUACAUCUAGAGUUUACAAUCGAGCAAGAGAAAAGGGUGUUUGAAAUCUGCCAAGAGCUGAUUGACGAGGGAGAAAUAUCAGACAAAAGCAUUCCAAAAUGGAACACAUAUGUUUUAAAGAGAGAUCAAAAUGUGAAAAAGAUGGAGAGGAAGCGUUGUCGGGAGGAGAAAGCAGCAGAGAAGGUUGAGAAGAAGAGGAAGGAGACUGGGGAG